GGACCAACAAAAAAAGAUAUCUUGGACCCUUAAAGCUUAAACCCUUUUUUGGUGUGUAUCAGAUUCCGUAACAAAAAGACAUUCAGGCUCUUCUUCUUCUCCUCAAUGUCUGAAAACGCAGCCACCAACAACAACAACAACAACAUAAUGGAGAAGAACCAGAUUGUUAAAGAAGCCAUCGUGUCUGAACUCCAGAAGAAGAAAGUUCAUCUCUUUUACUGCUUAGAGUGUGAAGAACUCGCUCGCAACAUCGCCGCCGAAUCUGACCACAUCACUCUCCAAUCCAUCAACUGGAGGAGCUUUGCUGAUGGAUUCCCAAAUCUGUUUAUCAACAACGCACACCAAAUCAGAGGCCAACACGUGGCGUUCCUUGCCUCCUUCAGCUCUCCUGCUGUUAUCUUCGAGCAGAUCUCAGUCAUCUACUUGCUCCCUCGCUUGUUCGUCGCUUCCUUCACUUUGGUGCUGCCUUUCUUCCCCACCGGCUCAUUUGAGAGGAUGGAGGAGGAAGGUGAUGUGGCAACUGCUUUCACCAUGGCUAGGAUUGUCUCUAACAUCCCCAUUUCGCGUGGUGGUCCGACUAGUGUAGUCAUCUAUGACAUUCACGCUCUUCAGGAAAGGUUUUACUUUGCUGAUCAGGUGCUACCUUUGUUUGAGACUGGGAUCCCUUUGCUGACGAAGCGUCUUCAGCAGAUUCCUGAGACUGAGAAAGUCAUAGUUGCGUUUCCGGAUGAUGGAGCUUGGAAGCGUUUCCACAAGCUGUUGGAUCAGUACCCCACGGUGGUGUGCACAAAGGUUCGUGAAGGUGAUAAGAGAAUAGUUAGGCUGAAGGAAGGUAACCCUGCUGGUUGCCACGUUGUUAUUGUGGAUGAUCUUGUGCAGUCUGGUGGUACACUCAUUGAGUGCCAGGUAUAGUCAUGAACUGUUAAGUUUACAAUAACUAGGUUUUUCUAAAAGUUUUUCGAUAAUGAAUUAAAAGUAAUAAUAAAAGAUGAAAUUUAUCAAAAAUUUAAAUUGUUAUU